AUAUUCCUGAACCUUCCGCAGAAACCAUUUUAAGCUCCACACUGCAAGUCUUCAUUCUGCAUGGGGGAGUCAUCAUUAGCAGAGACAAGGCUGCCAGAAGAGGUGUCAACAGCAGGCAAAUCUGAAGAAGCAGAAGGUCUUCACUCUGGGAACAUAAAAGAGUGCUGCCUGGCAAGAAAAAGAAGAACAUACCUCUGAAUAUGGAAAGAGCCCAGCAAAAGAAAUAUUGGAAGCAUGCACAUUGUGAAAGAUGCUUCAGAAAGGACUGCCAGAGACCUGUUGAACUCACGGUUUCUUGUCUCAUAGGUGCUUGUCCUAAUCAGUGUGGUAGAGUUUUUCACUUGUGCAAACAAGAGGAACACAUGCUACUCUGCCCAUUAGAAAAGGUGCCGUGUUUAAAUUCUUUUUAUGGUUGUCCUUUGUCCAUGCCACGCUAUAAACUUGCAAAACAUCUAGAAGUUUGCCCUGCUAGUGUUGUUUGUUGCUCUAUGGCCUGGAACCGUUGGCCUACUACUGAAUCUGAUAAAAGUCUGAAUGAAAACUUAAUGAAGGAACCUUAUUCUGGAGCUCAUUUAGAGUUGGCUGUGGCUCUAAAAGAUCAAACAUCUCUCUUUGAAUCUAUGAAAAUGUCACAUAUUUUUCCUGAGUUAACAGAACACUUGGAAUACACGGAACUGCAAGAUAACUGUGUGGAACUAGCAAUAGAAGGUGCUGUGGGUGAGUCAACUUCUUAUACUAAAGAGUUUGCUGCAACAUCAAAUGCUACAGCAACGGGAGAAAAAAAAACUACUGAAAAUGAAAAUAUAUUUGUUGGUUUGACUCAGCAAGAAAGGGAGGCAUUAGCAACUGACAAAGAUGUUGUAGAUUUGCGAAGCUAUUCCACUUGGGAACAGAUUUUUAGCAAAGAUACUCCUGCUGACUCACAUAAUACUCAAAAAAUAUCACCAGAAGAAAAUGCCAAACAAAAAGUUGAGAUGGAUCUUGUGGAUGAUGAGACUAAGAAAAAUAUUUCAGAGGAGGAAGUGAAGGAGAAUGAUGACAUAGUUAGACAGAGGGAAAUGGUUGGUUUUGCUCCUUGGCAAGAAGGGGUACUAGAAAGACUAGGGAAAGCAGUUACUGUGUGCGACUAUAAUAUGUACCUGGUACACCAUGGCAGGAUGCUCAUACAUUUUAAUCAACUGCAGGCAUGUACACCAAAAGAGAAAGAUUUUGUUUAUGGGAACUUGGAAGCUCAGGAGCUUAAGAUAGUGAACAAUUUUAAAAUUCCUGUAAGUUACAGUGCUAAAAGAUCCCACAUGGGAGAUGCUCGCAGGAAACCGAUGUCGGACAAGUCUGUAGAUACUUCUGAGUUAGGCUGUACCUUAGAAGAUUUUCCAAAAUGGGAUGUUAUUUAUGCCUCUCUGCUUUCUGCUCUAGAAAAAGAACUGAAAGGCCAUGUUAUUAGUGAGUCUAGUGCUGUGGAUGGGCAGUAUGUGUGUAUUGGAACACAAACGUAUUGCUUUGACUUACAACCUUUUAGACCCAAUGUGGUUUUGACAGAACUAAUAAGUGACAGAGCUCCAGGUCUUUACUUACAACUUCAGCCCGAAUGUGUAACAGGAAGGCACAACAAAGGCAGUUCUACUUUCACAUUCACAUGCCACCAAUUUUUUAGACGAGAUGAAUAUGCAUCCCAUUUUAAGAACAUUCAUUCUGACAUCCAGUCUCAGCUGAGUGGCUGGUUUCAGCAGCGUUGUCCUCUGUCUUAUCUAGGGUGUACUUACAGGCAAAGACGAUUCUGUCCUAGUGGGCAAAAAGCAAGUGUAAUUUAUAAUCAGCAACUUGGUGCUUUUGCUGUCAAGCCAGAAACUGCAUCUGAACUCAAUCAAGCAAGUAAGUCCUGUUUCAUUCAACAGAAGCUAAGAAAUGACAUGGGUUCAUUCAGUAACCUUCCAUUUGAGCUUCUUCAACACAUUGCAGGAUUCUUGGAUAGUUUCAGCUUAUCACAGCUGGCACAAGUUUCUAAACUGAUGAGAGAUGUAUGUGCUAGUUUAUUACAAGAGAGAGGAAUGGUCAGUCUACUGUGGCAGAAAAAGACAUACAAACAUGGAGGUACCGCAUGGAGAGCAAGAAAAAAGAUUUGGACAUUCAGCACCCAUUUUUCUACAGUUGACAACUGGCUAAUAGCAGAUGUUCCUUCCACUGCUGAACAUCUGAAGACCUGUACUUUCUAUACUUCUGAUUGCAGACAAGAGCCAUUCCCUUUAACUGGAAUGCAUGAACAGAACUUGAAUGAGAAUGAAAACUUAGUGUCAUUUUUUAAGCAUAUGUAGUACAUUAUUUCAAGUUCUAGUAUGUAAUACAACAUUGAAACACCAUCUGUGAAAGACUGUGAUGACUCUAGAAGGAUAAUAUUGCCUUGACUUACCAGAGACAGAAGAAAUGCAGCAUGGUGCGGAAGGUUUUGGUAUUAUAUAUUGUUCUUUAUUGCAUUAUACUUUAUGUUCAGAGUUUGAGCUGCUAAAAGUAUCCUUUGUAAUGUUUAGAACCAAUUUUAUCAUUUGAGAACACAUAUGAUCUAGAAGCUGCGUAAAUCAUUGCGCCACUAAUGUUGAAAUGCAUACCAUUUUUUGUUUUCAAAACUCUGGUGGAUGUUUCCUGAGUAAAUUUCAAGUCUUAAAAACAGCAUAAUAAGUACAGACCUUCAACUAGGAACUAUGAAUGUUAAUGCAAAUUUUUGGUUUAUACAGUUAUGUAAACUAAAUAAUGCCAUUGUUAAUGUUU